UACAAGUAUCAAUGAGUGUGUGUGUGUGUAUUUACAAUUAGCUAAUCACUGGACAUUAAUCAUUUGUCAGAAUUAAAUUUCCUGAACACAUUUAGCAAUGUUUCCUUUAAAUCAAAGCAAAUUUAGUUGUUAAGUUGUUAACAAUUAGCAACAAUUAGUUUAGAAAUUUAGAUAAUCUAAAGAUGGACUUUUCAAAUCAAAUUAAGAGUUUUAAUUGUUCACAAUUUGUAUCAAUCUUAUUAUGUAUAUUAACUUUUUCUCAAAUCAGCUCAUCUUUACCUCCGGUAACCUCAUCAUUAAUUUCAUCAACUUCUUCAUCACCUUCAGAUACUUGCGAGUGUCAUCUUCGUAAUUUGGACCAAUGUUCAUCUCACUUGAUCUUAUUGUCGCAACCAGUGCCAAUGAUGCCCCCCGGCGAUGUGUUUGACCGGAUGUGUGCCUUUCUUAAUGAGAGUUACCAAUGUCGUCAGGACUACCUAAGUCGGUGUUCAACCCCUUCGGCGUUAGUGAUGAUCAGAUUGAUGACACAGAAAAAUGAUGCCGCUUUUCAGUCACUUUGCUCACAACCCGAAUCGACUUAUUGGAAAUCCUUGUACGUCGCCAACUAUUAUUGUCUACAAUCAACUAAGAUGUUAUGUCGACCCUGUAUUCUUGACUAUCAGGCUGGACUCGAGGCUUCACUGAUCAAUGAGACAACCCAAAUAUCGGGUGGAUGCUGCGCUUUUAACCGAUUGGUCGGUUGUACCUCCGAAAUAAUUCGAAACAAAUGUGGAGCCGAUGCCUUAGCUGUUAGCCAAAAAAUCGCAGCCAUUUUCGCCUCAUCAGUGGCAAACAAUUUGUGUCGCACUUAUCCGGUUGAAAGUGCUUUUUGUAAAACCAUUUUACCACCACUCGGGUCGAUACCCAAAGGCGAUACCUUCGCCUACUAUGGUCAAAUAUUUGGUUCUAAUCCUGGUCUAUCGGCACCUUGGGGUUCGUCAAUGGGAUCAUCAAUGGGCUCGUCUAUGGGAUCGUCAAUGAGUUCGGCGACUAGUAAAUGGGCCGAUGUUGGAAACUGGAAGAAAUCAUUUGAACACAUGAAAAUCGAUUAAUGAUUAACGAUUAAUUGUUCGUUAAUUGUUGAGGAAGAUUGGUAAACAUGUCAGUAAAUAAAACUUGUUAAAUUGUAUUAAUAAUAAUGAUCAAUAUUAUCAAUUGUUCAAGUUGUUAUUUCUGUUAUUUUUUUCUUCUUCUUCUUCAUCUUCAAAUAAUCAAUUAUAAUCAUUAAUUACUCGAUAAUAUGUUUUGUGGUUUAUUAAUUGUUGUUGCUGUUGUUAAACUUAAUCAGUAAAUUGUUUACAUUCAAUUAACAUUUAACAGAAAAUAAAACAAAUCUAAAAACUCAA